UCAAGUAUUGUAUUGUCAUGUUUAAUGUCAUGUUGCAAAUUUUACAUAUUUUCAUUGCAUUUUUGUUGGACGGCAACAGAAGUAAGCUUCUGGAGAAAGUAUUAUUCCAAGGGAUGAUUUCAGUUCAUAUUUCAAUCAGUCAGUCAACAAAAUGCUCGGAGAGUCGUAUUGUAGGAGGUGCUGAGUGCAGCAUUGAAUCAACUCCUUUCAUAGUAUCCAUCCGUUCUACUAAUCGCUUGAAACAUUAUUGUGGUGGUUCCUUGGUAUCCCCUCAGUGGGUGUUAUCAGCUGCCCACUGCUUCGACAGACCUUUGAAUCCUUGGGAUGUCACUGUCGUAGCUGGACUAUCGAAAUCCCAGAGGCAUAAAACUCAAGCAGUGCAAGCAGAAAGAAUUUUUAAUCACGAAGAAUAUGAUAACAUCAGGAUCAUCAAUGACAUUUCUUUAAUUCUUCUUGAAAGAAGAAUAAUAAUGUUUAUUAAGGUCAUAGCGCUCAUAAACUUACCAAGUAGAGGUUUAGAAGCUGACCUUUCAAAAUACUGCAAUAGAAAAUUCAUAGUAGCAGGAUGGGGUUCAACAGAAGCCUGGAUUAACAAUCCUCCUAAAUACAGUCCAUCUGGUCAUCUCAGGUGCGUUGAUAUACCCUAUAUGACAAAUACAGAAUGUGCACAGUAUUCAUAUGCUGCGCACAAUCCGAAUGUGAUUUGUACUCUGGAGCCAGGCGGAGGUAAGGAUGCUUGUCAAGGUGACUCAGGUGGUCCUUUAUUUUGUGAUUGGAUUCAGUAUGGCAUCGUUUCCUAUGGUAGUGGAUGUGCUGCACCUAAUAGACCUGGGUUUUACACAAGAGUUGAUAAAUAUUUAGAUUUUAUCGAGACAACAAUAGAAACACACAAAAGUUGUUGUCAUAGGUUAUGUAUACAAUGUUCGUUUUAUUUCCUAUCACAUGUAUUUGUGAAGAUGUAUAAAAGCCUUGUUAUUGGAAUUGAUUAGAUUUUUUCGGUCUGUUCAAGAUGAACUUUAGAUCGAAACA